AAAGUGUCUGCAGAGACCAGGACAAAACUGAUGGAAAAGUAGCUGUGUCUGAAUAUCAGAUAAGCUGGCCACGUAUACAGAACUUUAUACUCUAAACACGCACAGUGAGUUUAAUACAAAGUAACGCUGAUAUCAAUUAAAACUAUUCUGCAAAGAGUUUGCAAACUAAACACUAUGCUAAUUUACUUUCAUCCAAUUAAUUUCAAUCAACCUAAAGGACAGCUUAGUCUCUACAUGGGGAGUACAGUUUUUGGACUGCUCUGGACUCUGUCUGUUAUCACUAUGUGUGUGAUUUGUGUCAACAACUGAACCUUCUCGUCACUGCAAAGUCCCAGCCAUGCGCAGGCAGAACAGAGAGAGUGGGAGGGAGAUAGAAAGCUGUCAGUUUUUGGUGGAGAGCUCCUGGAAGCACCUUGCUGAUAAUCAGAUUCAAUACCUGGAAUCUCUAGGACUAAUGUUAUUCUUUGUACUGUUUUAACAAGAUGCUCAAGUUAUGGAAGGAGUAGAUAAAUAGAUCUAAUAACAUUGUGGUUUUCCUAUUGCUAGCACUUGCAGUGUAGGUUAGGGGUCAGAGCACCCCAUGAUUUUGGGGGAGGACAGGAGGACUUCGUGUCCCACAGGACGGCAGAGGAACAGAAGGCUACACUGGAAAUAUGUAUUUGAAGGAAUAUUCUGCUGCUGCCUGAAGAAGAGAAAUGCCAAACAGAUGGGUCAAAAUGAGAAGAGAGUACGAGAACUCCUUAUUGAGAACAAGGAGAAUGGUAGGGGAAGAAUAAAUUGUGAACCAAUGGACUGUCUUGGUAAUGAAGAUAGUGCAGAAGAAGGGGGUGAAAUGGAUUUGGAGGCCCUAGAAAGCAGCCAUAGUCCAGCUCCAGAUAACCUGUAUGAGCGGGAAGGUUGUCUGACCAGAAGCCCCCAUCCACAGAAAGGACACAGUGACAAAGCUGAACUCUCUGCACUAGAGGUAAAGAGGUCACAGCCACUGCUGAUACAAGGUGGUAGAUGGGGGAGAUUACGAGAUGAAGAGUCCAGAUCAGCUUCCCUCCCUGACAUCCCAAACCCAUUUCCAGAGCUUUGCAGUUCCUCUCCAAUCCUGAGCAACACGCCAAGUGGCCGAUCCCCACAGGAAGGCGGCCCCCAUGUGGUGAAGGUAUACAGUGAGGAUGGUACGUGUCGAUCCCUGGAGGUGACAGCAGGUGCCACAACGCGGCAUGUGUGUGAUAUGCUAGUGGAGAGGGCGCACUGUCUGAGUGAUGAGAGCUGGUCCAUAGUAGAGCUGCAUCCGCAUCUGGGACUAGAGCGAUGCCUGGAAGAUCACGAGUCUGUGGUGGAGGUUCAAGCCAUGUGGCCAGCAGGGGGCGACAGCAAGUUUAUUUUCCGCAAGAACUUCGCCAAGUAUGAACUGUUUAGGGGAUCUCCUUAUGCUUUGUUUCCGGAGGACAUGAUUGGAGGAAACCAAGAAAAGCACAAAGGCCUCUCACAUUCAGAUCUCAUACAGAAUUUUCUUAACUCAGGUAGUUGGCCGGAGAUCCAAGGCUACUUGCACAUGAAGGAAAGUGGACGUAAGGUCUGGAAGCGAUUUUUCUUCUACCUUCGUCGCUCAGGUCUCUAUUACUCUUCCAAGGGGACCUCCAAGGAUCCCCGUCACCUGCAGUAUUUUGCUGAUGUAAAUGAAUCCAAUGUCUACUGUCUGACUCAAGGCAAAAAACUCUACAGUGCCCCCACAGAAUUUGGAUUCUGUUUAAAGCCGCACAAAAUGAGAAAUGGCACUAAAGGUCUGAAAAUUCUGUGCAGUGAGGAUGAGCAGACGCGCACUUGCUGGCUAACUGCAAUCCGCCUCUUUAAAUAUGGUGCUCAGCUCUAUAAAAAUUACCAGUUGUCAAGGCGAAGCCCCCAAUCCUGGGUGGGGUCCACAAAGCAACGCAGCUCAUCUGAAAGCACACUGGUACCCAUGGAUUUUUCAGGGUGCACAGGGAGGGUAAUAGAGAACCCUCUUGAAGCUCUUUCUGUGGCUAUUGAAGAAGCUCAGUCAUGGAGGAAAAAAACAGCUCAUCGUUACAGCUUGCCUAACCCUUGUCAGACCACAAUGAGCAGUGCAGAUAUACACAGAACUCAAGCGUGGUAUCAUGGGCGACUGUCUAGGGAUGAGACUCAACGCCUCAUAAUGCAGCACGGAAUGGUGGAUGGAGUUUUCCUGGUGAGAGAAAGCACAAGGAAUCCCAAAGGGUUUGUCCUGUCUUUGUGCCACUUACAGAAGAUCAAACACUACCUCAUCUUACCGUGUGAGGAAGAAGGCAAACCUUACUACUCCAUGGAUGAUGGGCAAACCAAGUUCACUGAUCUAAUUCAACUUGUUGAGUUCCACCAAAUUAAUAGGGGUAUUUUGCCAUGUACCCUGAAACACUGCUGCACCUCCGUGGCGCUGUGAUUGGGUCUCAGCUGCCGCGAUUGACUCUUUUAGACCUGGCUUAUGAAAUCACUAGACUACCAGGUUUUAUUACGCCUUUUCGCCAUUUUCCUUAACUUCUGUCUGCACAGUGAAAAGGAAAAAGUAUUGUAAAUGGUUAAGCCAUAAUGGUUUCAUUCAAACUAGCUCCCAGGCUAGUGACCCAGCUAAAAUGAACCAAAGCCUCUUCAAAAUGGUGGAAUUUUGCCUACCAAGGACUGAGAUUUCAGGAAGCGAUAUGAAUAAGCUACAAUCUUUCAUUUCUCUGUGACGGUAUGAACAUCUCAAAAUACUGUAAAUCAGCCAAGUAAAGUGACAUUUUUGGUGGUUAGAUUCCAUUGAACGACAAAUGUUCCUAAAUUUUCUAAUGCCCACUGGAAGAUGACAGUUGGGUACCAUGUCCGGAAAAGGAAGGGGGUAAUGGCGCAUCUGUUGCGAUGAGCACUGUAUUGUAAAUAUAUAUACAAGGCCAGUUCACUGUCACAUUUUAUAUGAUAAAUCUAACUAUAUAUUUUUGUCAUUCAUUUUCUCUUAUUUUUGUACAAAAUACUUUGAACAUAAUCUGUUUAUGAAGAGAACAUUUUAUUUAUAUGUACCGGAAAAUGUCACAAUAAUAAUAAUAAAAAAAACUCACUACCAAAA